UGUCGUCGCGCUUGGUUUGCUCUCGGUUCGGUCGUUACCCGCGCACGUAGUUUCUCACGAGGGCCUGACGACGGGACAUCCUUGGUCUAGCCGCGUACUCGAUUCAUGUGGAGUGUAGUCGCGCGGUGAUCGCCCGCCGAUCGGUGUUUACGUUGAUCGGUUCGGUUCAGUGUCGGUGUGAGAAAGCCUGGCCGACGGCAGAGGAGAUCGCGGUUGUACGUUCUCGUUGUUCGAACAGCGUGCGGAACGACCGGCUCGGCUGUCGUACGGUUGAACGCAAGUGCUGGUGACUAUGAGUGCGUGACGGUAGGACUCGAUCGCGCGAAGUUUGUUUGCCCCCGUGACCGGAAACGCGUGACUCCCGUCGACGAUACGCAGAAUGGAGCCAGCUCGUUGCGCUGUCGCGGCGAUGGGGAUCGUUUUGUGGCUGGUGCUGAGCGUAGGACCGACACACGGUCGCAGCAUCACCAGCCUCGAGGCACCGAGCGGCUGCGAGUGGAAGAAGGACGGAGAGGACGGGGAAAAAGCACUCGCCUGUAGGGUCAGGACUAUCGCCAACGUGCCCGGCCUAAUUGGCAAUCUCUCGGCCAUUCAAGUGGACUCGAUCGGUUCUCUGGCCUUGGAGUGCAGCGACACGAUGUUCUUCGAGAGCCAGAUAGACGAGCCGCACGGAUUCUUCUCGCCGUUGCCGCGGCUGGAGAAGCUGCGCGUGGAUUACUGCAAGAUUCGCUAUCUGCCCGGCGGCGUGUUCGCGUCCGCGCACAAUUUACGCAGUUUAUCGGUCAGGACGCACAACAGCGACUGGUCGGCGAUGAAUCUCGAGCUGCACAGGGACGCCCUUCGCGGCUUGACGAGCCUUCAGCAUCUCGAUCUGGCCGACAACAAUCUAUGGACCCUGCCGUCGGAGCUGCUCUGCCCGGUCCAGAGCCUCUCCAGUCUAAAUCUGACGCGCAACAAGUUACAGGACAUCGUGUCCCUGGGAUUCUCCGACUGGGUCGAGUCGUGCACACCGAGCCUCGAGGUGCUGGACCUCAGCAACAACGACCUCAGCGAGUUGCCCGACCGCACGCUGAGCAACCUUCACAGCCUGACGUCUCUGAAGCUCCAGGACAACGCGAUCGCCGCCGUGGGCGAUCACGCUCUGUCAGGCUUGACCGCUCUGCGCGCGCUCAACGUGUCCAGCAACAGAUUGGUCGCGUUGCCGCCGGAACUGUUCUCCAAAACCAGGGAGCUCAGGGAACUGAUACUCAGCAACAACUCGCUGGCGGUGCUGGCGCCCGGUCUCUUGGACAAUCUGGACGAACUGCAGGAAUUGGACCUGAGCAGCAACGAGCUGACGAAUCGCUGGGUGAACCGGGACACGUUCUCACGGCUGGUGCGGCUCGUCAUUCUCGACCUGUCGUUCAACGGCUUGACGAAGAUCGACGCCCACGUGUUCAAGGGCCUGUACAGCCUGCAGAUACUGAAGCUCGAGCACAACGACAUCGAAACGUUGGUGGACGGUUGCUUCGGCUCCCUGACGAACCUGCACUCGUUGACCUUGUCGCACAACAGAAUCGCCAGGUUCGAUCCCGCUCACACGGUCGGCCUGACCACCCUGGGUCAGCUGUUUCUCGACACCAACAAACUGCGUACGCUGAAUCAUCGCGUGUUUGACAAUCUCACCGGCCUCCAGGAUCUGUCGCUGAGCGGGAAUUACCUGACGGAGAUACCGUACGCGGUACGCGUGCUGCGCUCGCUGAAGACGCUCGACCUUGGCAACAACCACGUGUCGAGGAUCGACAACGACUCGUUCGCCGGGUUGACCGAACUCUACGGGCUACGACUGGUGGACAACAAGCUGGAGAACGUGUCGCGGGACGCGUUCUCCUCGCUGCCGGAGCUCCAGGUGCUGAACCUGGCGAACAAUUAUAUCCGUCACGUGGAGCAGAGCGCGUUCGCUAGCAACCCGGUGCUGCGCGCGAUUAGAUUGGACGGGAAUCAACUGACCGAGAUCCGCGGCGCGUUCACCAGCCUCUCGACCCUGCUCUGGCUGAACGUGUCCGACAACAAGCUGCUGUGGUUCGACUACAGUCAUCUGCCGACCAGCAUAGAGUGGCUGGACAUACACGCGAAUCAGAUAAGCGAGCUCGGGAAUUAUUACAUGGUGCGGAACACGCUGCGUAUAAAGAUGCUGGACGCGAGCUACAACCAAAUCACGAGGAUCGCCGAGGCGAACGUGCCUGACAGCGUGGAAACCCUCUACCUGAACAACAACAAAAUACGCAAGGUCGCGGUGGACACGUUCCUGCAGAAGAGGAACCUCGAGAAAGUGGUGUUGUACGGGAACGAGAUAAGGAAUCUCGAGGAGGCGGCGUUGAAUCUGCAACCGGUGCCAGAGGACGCGGAGCUGCCGCAGUUCUACAUAGGGAACAAUCCCAUACUCUGCAACUGCAGCAUGGAAUGGCUGCCGAAAAUCAACGAGGAGAACCGUAUGAGGAAUCGUCCGCGCGUGAUGGACCUGGACUCGGUGAUGUGCGAGAUGGUGCACGCAAGGGCGACGCCGCGCAGACCUCUGCUCUCCCUCAAGCCCAAGGACUUUCUCUGCCGCUACGACGCUCAUUGCUACGCGCUCUGCCAUUGCUGCGACUUCGACGCCUGCGACUGCGAGAUGACCUGCCCGGACAACUGCUCGUGCUACCACGACCACGGCUGGUCGAGCAACGUGGUGGACUGCUCGAACGCCGGCUACAAACACGUCCCGGAGCGAAUACCCAUGGACGCCACCGAGAUCUACCUGGACGGGAACGAGCUGGGCGAUCUGGGCAGCCACGUGUUCAUCGGGAAACGUCAGCUGAAGGUGUUGUUUCUGAACAACAGCGGCAUAGCGGCCAUCCACAAUUGCACGUUCAACGGCGUGGCUGCUUUGCGCGUCCUCCAUCUCGAGGACAACGCUCUGCGCGAGCUGCGCGGCUUCGAGUUCGAUCAGCUGGAACGGAUGUCGGAGCUCUACCUGGAUCACAACGCGAUCGCGACCGUCGGGAACACCACAUUCCGGAAGAUGAAGAGCCUGGAGGUGCUGCGGCUGGACAGCAACCGUAUCGUCGACUUCCGGCCAUGGGAGGCUCUGCCAAGCGUCGGGGAUCGCGCGAAAGUCGCCCUCGAGGGUAAUGCGUGGAGCUGCGAGUGCGGCAACGCCGCGAAACUACGCGGAUGGCUCGCCGAGCAUCGAGGCGACCCGGAGAAGAUGUACUGCCGCGACGGCGUCGAGACGCUGGCGCAGGCCAUGAAACGUUGCGGCGACCCGUCCAAGGAGGCCGUGCACCGCGGCAUCCAGGAGAUACCGUUGCUGGGUUCGAACUUCGUGCCGCUUCUGGCGGGCGCGUUGGUGGCGGUGAUCGCGAUCUGUCUGUUCGUCGCGUUGGCAUUCGCGUUUCGUCAGGAUGUACGUCUCUGGGCUCAUGCACGCUACGGUCUGCGACUGGGUAAGAUGACCACACCGCCGGACGAGGAGAGGGACCGUCUCUACGACGGCUACAUCGUCUACAGCGAGAGGGACGAGGACUUCGUAUCCAGGUACUUGGCCGCCGAGCUCGAGCAGUCCGGGCUGGCGUUGUGUCUCCACUGGCGAGAUCUGCCGCCCGCCAGGCCCCAGGAGGCGGUGCCGCCCGCCGUCGCAGCCGCGAGACGCAUCGUCAUCAUCUUCUCGCCCGUGUUCCUGGCGAACGAGUGGCAGCACCCCGAAUUCCGCGCCGCGUUGAGGACCGCGCUGGAGAACAUUCGACCCAGCUCGAGGAAGCGACGCGUGGUGCUGUUGCUGGCCACCGAGGCACCGGCCCGCGACCCGGAGCUCCAGCUGCUCCUGCAGACCUGCACCGUGGUGGUCUGGGGCGAGAAGAGGUUCUGGGAGAAGCUGCGGUUCGCCAUGCCCGACUCCGUCGGCAAACGGCGUGACAGCAAGAAGGUGAACGACCGAAAUCGCACCCCGGCUCGGUACACCGCGGCCCCGUCCGCCGGAGACGUCUGGACCAAGCCUAAUGGCGUUUUGGUCGCUCCGGUGCACGCGCCCACGCCCACGCCCACGCAGUCCACCUAUGUCAGCUCGGCGUCCAGCAGGACCGAGGACGAGGACAGCGGCGCGGAACAUCAACAUCAGCACCAGCACAGCGGCUACAGCGCGCUGCACGCCGGAUCCGCGCGUCCAGCUAGCCUCUCGUCCAGGGGCAGCCAUCUUUACAGCACCAUACCGGAACCGCCGGUGCCAAACGCGCCUCCGGGCGAGGCGCUCACGCAUCCGGCCAAUCCUCGUACUUACUUCGUCUAGUACAGACGCGUUACGCCGCCAGAACUCUCACGGAGACGCCGGCCGGCCGAUAAAUAGGCGAAUCCGCAUUGGGACGCGACGGAGACGCGUGCUCUAGGUAUUUGUACAGUUUCAUCCGGCUCGCGCGUCACUCUGUUUGCUCUUCCACUAGAAUCGCUCGGCCACGGAUUUUCUACGAGCCUCGUAACCCGGAGGGGCGAUGUCGAGAGCGAUUGUAAGGAGAGCACAGUAAGUCCUCGAGUCACGCGGUUCGGUCGUUCGUAGGGUUUCCGGGGAAGUCGAAUUCUGCGAACGGGGAUCGGGUGUUUCGGACUCGAAUGGCCACGAUCGAACCUGAAACGUAGAAACUCUGGUAAAUGUUUCUGACGAACGCGCUCUAAAUUUCUGUAUUCGCGGAGUUUCGAGUCUCUUUCCAUUUUCGUUUUGAAUAAUUUCGUUCAAACUUAAGCGAGCACCAAUUUACUUUCGUAUUUGAGAAUGUACGUGCUCAAAUUUAGAAUUAUUUAUGUUACGUUAGAUUCUAGAGACGUAUAUUACAGAAAUUAAAUUUCUAUUGAAUUCACGCGUUUAUUAAAUUUUGUCCAAUAUAUUUCUCUUUUCAUAGAAGCAAUUCGCGUAUUAAACUUUUGUUUUUAAUAUAUGUCGCGUAUCACGGAUGUAAAAUUAAAUAUUGCACGCCAAAGUAUUAUUAUUUUUACGUUUUUAAAGCAGACGUUUAACGAUCAACAGAAACCGUAUGAAAUUUAUUUAUGAAAAGAGCCAUCGAAGUGGCGAAAUGCAGAAUACGUUGGCCAUCUCGUAAUUCGAGGAUUUACGGUAUCGCCUCGCUUUUCGACCGUUUUCUUCGCUCGCUGCGUGUAAAGUUAAUCGAUCGAAGAGACCAGGUUUAUUUAAGACGUUUUUGUGGAACGCGACCCGUUACGCAGGACCGUGAUCGAGUCAUUAUUUUUACGUACUAGCCGGGAGAACGAUGCGAGCUUCUUCUUGCACCGAUCUUGUACAGAAUGUAUGGUGUGCGUGUAUACAGCGGUAAUUAUAGAAAAUGGCAGUAAAUGAGGACCGUAGAUUCCGGAUUGUUCUCGUCGUUGAACGAUCCGCGCCGACAGAAAUCACCCUUGGCUCUCCGUAUCCGAUCGUUUCACGUUUCAACUUUAACAAAUUUUCAUGCAUGCACAACUCGAAGUACCAGUAACUUUAAACGCGUUAAAUAGAUCGUAUUAAGUUUGUACGGCGCAUGGAAUAGCAUUUUUUUUUGUAUAUGUGUACAGAUUUUCUUUAAAUAUAAUUUACUCGAGCACUAAAACUUACGGAAAGACUCGAUAGAUGCACGCGAGAUCUAAAUUCUAGAUCCACUUGUCGCGUCGACGGUUCGAAACUCGUCUCACAGACGACCAGAAUUAAUUUCGCUAGCGCGACAAAAUGGUGGAUCACGCGUACGAAAAUACGCGUGGUCCUCGAUCGAAACGAGCGAGUUUUUCGUGGGUCCGUGGGUGGAUUUCUGAAUUUAAUGGGUCAGGUCGCGUCAUGGGACUCAGGCUCAGCGUUUUUAUCGGUCGCGAGACUCGUGACGUUCGGGAGCUUCGAUCUUGGUUAAAAAAUAACUCCUCGUCCGUGCCUCUUCGUGAAACUCCUCGUCCGCCAGUUUCGCCGCGACUGCAACCUCGAUCGAUCGUAAUGGCCGCCAGUUGUUGCUUUCUUGCCUGCAUCUUUAUUUAUUUUCGGGCUUUAUUUACGUUAGGUCGCCGCGAGGAAUUCGCGGGACGACAGAGUUUCACGAUGCAACGCAGUGGUUUCCAAACCUUCUGGGAGACAACACUCCCGAAGAAAAGAACGAAAACUUAGGUAGGUUUAGAACGAUACGAGAGAGACAUACUUGUACGUUAGCUUCGACGAUCGAUGUAUCGAUAGAGACGUUUAAAUUAUUUAGAUUACCCCGCUUUUGGAAAAACACUUUGUGGCUCCGUUUAACAUUUUCUUUCGAAUAAAUUUAUGUGUAAUUACGUUUAGAAGAAGAGGGGGCGUUAGGUUGCUGCAAAAUUUCCGUUCCAAUUAUACCGUGAUAUAAUUAGAAGAUCGCAGUUUUAAAUAAUUGGAGCUUAAAAUAAUCGGAGGAUCGCCCGUUUUAAUUUCUCGAAGUCUCGGGAGGAGAUUCGAUAUUUUCUAAAGUGUAUUCGUUUGGACGUCGAGUGACAAAGCUUCACCGUAUUAUUUUUAUCUCGAUCCUCCAAUUACUUUUUGUGGCACAUUGUUUCAAAGUUGUAUAUUUUCGGGGACUUGUCAUCGCGGAGGAAUUGUAUUUCUGUCGUUCGAGAUUUGUGCUAGCUUAAUACGUUCAGCCAAGCUUCUUCAUAUUCCGAAGACGUUUGUGGGUUUCUUAGAAGCCACGAAAUUGUUACUCGAAGGGAUUCUGCGAACGAGCGUGACCCAAAGCCAAACAGUUUGAGAGUUGCUUUUGAGUUGCUCGGUAAUUUCAGAGAAGGAAAAAAUUCGGUAGAAUUUACGUACACGUUUUUUGUUCAAGGUUUGGAUACAUCCAUUAGAGAAUAAAUAUAUUUAACAAUGCUUCUUUUGCUCGACAAUGAUCGAAACAAGGGUGGAUAAUUUCUGAUAAUUGCUAGAACAAAACAGGGAAAUCUUGUUCGACGCUUUUAACAUAUUUAAAAGAAAGUAUUUUUUCCCCCGAUUACUGUCUUCCAUACAAUCGGUAUUUUCAAGUAACUUUUCCGUGCUUUUCCUCGUUUUCGCCGCGUCAAUUUAUUUCGACCCUUUGGCCGGACAUUUAUUAAAAAUUGCAAGGAUUCUUUACUGACGAGACGAGGAAUGCGAAGUCGCCAUUCCUUCGUCUAUGGACAUUGUCUGGUCGAAACCGACGAACCGGUCACCGCGGAUGUGGUGUAUCCAUACUUUCGAGCAGCCUAACAAUAGUCCUCUUAAGAUUAAAAAAAAAAACGCGUCGUUGUUGGAUGCAUUUAGCUGCGAGAUUAAUUUAAUCACAGAGAGCGCCGCGCACAGUUAGAAAGCGUACGUAUUAUUCUGGGACGAGCAGACAUGGGUAAAAUUUCGUUGGAACAAUAGACGAGCAAUAAGAGCAAUUUAUUCGGAACAGAUAAAGUUCUAUUCGUCGAUUGUGAAACGCUCCGUUCGUUAAUUAAAAUCGUGAUUAUUAUUCAACGAGUAACGUUGUUCGAGGAUCGUACAGUUCGUCCAACGAGAAGAUGAACCCUGGCAGACACGAUCGCGAUAAAAAAAUGGAAAAAAAUUUAUGUACCAUUAAUUAUAUUUGCAGAGAUAGAAUCGCAGCGCUGUUUGAUUAUAAAUAUCGUCUGAUUUCCACGCGUUGGCGCAUCCAGUCCCGGUUUCUGGUCUCAACGAUUCUUUUUUAACGAAAGGUUUCGUCGUUGGUUUUUCGAGCGGGCAAGAUACUUCGGCAAAAGUCGCGCGGUCGCGUUGGAAAAGUUUUCCCGUUGGACGUUGGAUAAAAAUUUCGCCCAACUCUGUCGACGAGUCGAUCCCGACGGACCUCGGCGUUCGAUUGUAACCGAUAAGAAACACGAGACAAGACGAGAACGAUACGCGAACUCCGAAAUCUCGGGGACGAACUCUACUUCGUACUACAUAUAAUCGUAUAUAUUUUUUCCCACUCGAGAGACGGAGUAACGCGUCGUCGCCAGUUCUCAUUCCUGUCGAUCACGCGAUCGAUGAGAUCCAACGACGAUAAAAGAACCGCCUAUAGCGUCUGAAACGAGACGCUAGAGUGAUAGUGAGACGAGUGAUAGGAAGAGUGAGCACAAGAGAGAAAACGAGAGAAAAGACAGACGUCUUCGCGCGAGACAUCGUUCCUAAGAUUUUCACGACUGUCUUGGAAAAAAGCAACGGUCGCCAAACGCUUAUUAGUACGUAAGUGAGAGAGAAAUUUCCUCUUGUAAAUACUGUGUAUAUCUAACGUUGUAAAUACUCACGCACACUUUUUUUUCGAGCACACACGGAGGAGUGGGCCAGGCACACGAUACACACGACACACACACACAUUACACACGCAAAGUUGUACCUUGUACGUUUAGUGGUCUGGUCGUUUCGAGCGAGUCUCAACUUCUGAAAAAGAAAAAAAAAAAAAUAUCUUGCAAUUUAUCGAUUGUACUUGUAUUAUUGUAAAUACGCUCAUCGGAUCACGCAUUUAUUGUAAUCACGAUCUGUUACGUGAACUAAUUAAAUUAAAUUGCCACUUUCCAUUUCAGCAA